GUAUAUUUGUUUCAUGAAGGGCUUCGCGUGGAGCUGGUAAUGCUCUCGUGGGUCGCACCAGCAUACACUUGUUGAGCAGAUUUGGUCAAUCCCUUAACGCUUUCACACCCAGCUCCAGCUGGGUGCUUCGCAGAAAAGCACAGCGUGUACUGGCAGAAUAGAUGUUGGGAACUAGUAUCAAUAUGCUGCAUAUCCAUUCCACGUCAGGAAGAUUCACGGCUCUGGCCCCAACAGCACCCUCCACGCAGCUUCCUCAAUCGAGAUCACUGAUAUUUAAAUCAUCGCCUCGUCCCUCGGCAAGGCAGCAUGCUUGGACCACUCGUCAUGGGCGCAGUGAGAUCGGCCACAAGUUCGAUGUGCAAUGUAGAAACGCGGCAGCGUCCAUGGAUUGGGGCCACUCAGGCAAUGGGGACACAGUGCUUAUUGCUGACAUUGGUGGCACCAACUGCCGCUUUGAGCUUUGGAAGAUCGACAUGACAGGCGGGCGUGCUCAUCAGGAGCUUUAUCACCAGAUUUUCCCAUGCAGGGAGUUCCCAACCUUCCCGGACGCCCUUGCCGAAGUGGCCAGACAGGAAGUCUUUCAGGCAAAUCUACCAAAGGCCGCAGCUUUUGCAUGUGCUGGACCUGUUGCACACAACAAGUGUGAGAUGACAAACUUGAGCUGGGUCAUUGAUGGUGACUACCUUUCAGAGGCGCAUGGCAUCAGGGUUGCUGUGCUCAAUGACUUCGAGGCGAAUGGAUAUGGAGUGACCGCCUUGGAACCUGAACAUCUGGUCUGUCUGAACGAGGUGCCCGAUGUCGAGAAGGGUCCCAAAGCAGUGCUGGGUCCAGGGACUGGGCUGGGGGAGGCGCAGCUGUUCUGGGACGAGAUCCAGGGCGGAUACAAGGUGUGGCCCAGCGAGGGGUCCCACGCAACCUUCGCCCCCCGGGGAUGGAAGCAGCGCGCCCUGCAGGUGUUUGUAGAGCAGGAGCUGGGGUACUGUGAAGUGGAGCAUGUUACAUGCGGCAGCGGCCUUGAACGGAUCUACAGAUUCCUGCAGUCAGACGAGAGCUGCAACCGGCCCCUUGUUUCAAUGGACACCUGCAAGGAUGCGCCAGCAAUCACAAAAGCAGCGCUGAGUGGGAAUGAUGAGUUGGCGGUGGAGGCUGUGGACAUGUUUCUGGCCAUCAUUGGGGCAGAGGCUGGCUACAUGGGGCUCCGUGCGCUGGCCACUGGAGGUGUCUAUAUCUGUGGAGGCAUCACGCCCAAGCUCUUAGAGAAGAUCAGGGACAGGAGGUGUCUGGUGCAUUCCUUCCUGCACCAGGAGAGCCGCUUCAACAAGCUGCUCCGGACAUUCCCCCUGUAUGCUGUCAUUUAUGAGAGGACUGGCCUCCUAGGGACCCGUGAGUAUGCCAUCCGCCUAAUGGGGCAGCCCAGCUUUAUCAAGGCUACCUAAAUAACACCAUAGAUAGAGAUUUUGCUAUUCAGCGCAAUGACUGUUCGGGCGAGAUGUUAGAAUGUGUACACAUGUACAUGCUGCGCUGAUCAGGAUGGCUCCAUAUCAAUAUAUGGAGGUGGUACUAGUAUGAGUUGCCUGAGAUAUUGUUCCAAUCAGGCAGUGGUGCCGAUCUGUCUGUUUAUAGAGUCAUGCAAUCCGCAGGGCACCACAAUAAUAGCGCUUAUCAUAAUAUGAUAGGUUAAGAUUUCCUGUAAGUCUUGGUGAACACAUACAAGUCAUCAGCACAAGUCAGCCUGGGGCAAAAAAGGACUGCUUGCAGUGUGUCAGCAACUGGACAGGAUCAUCAUGCGUUUGUAUGCAUCCAUUCUAUGGAUACAAUUGGCACAUCUACCCGUCUAGUAGUACUAGACAUGGGUUGGGUAAGAAAGAAUUUUGCUCUGC